CAGGGGUUAACGAGGGUGUGUUGUGUCUGGUGAGCAGGUUCGGCCAACAUCAAUGACAGGAGCAUGCUGGGUAAGAGGGACAGUGAGCUGGCGGUGUUGGUGGAAGACAGCGAGAUGCAGACAUCCACCAUGGACGGCCAAGACUACCAGGCCGGGAGCUUUGCCCUCGCGCUCCGUCUACACUGCUUCAGGGUACACCUCGGGCUCUCCGAUGACGAGAUGGCUGGAGUCCAGGACCCGGUGAGUGACCAGUGCUUCCAGGAGAUCUGGAACGCCAGGGCCACCACCAACGCCAACAUCUACGACCAGGUUUUCAAGUGCGUCCCCACCAACUCAUCCCCCAGCCUGUCCCACCUGCGGGAGAUCGCCUCUGGCCCAGACCUGGCCUCGGAGAAUCCCGGGGAAGCCCGGGAGAAGCUGGCGCGAGUCCGUGGCUUCCUGGUCCAGUACCCGCUCCACUUCCUGAACGAGGAAAACCUCCUGCCUCCCCUGAAUUGCAAAGAGGGGAUGGUCCCCAUGGAAGUCUGGACCUAAUGAGAGUGGACCACCUCUGGCCAACCCCGCCGGCCCCUUUGGAAGUAUCUGGACUCAAUUCACACAUUCAUCCUCCAAACUUUGCUCCGGUACUUUUCCCCCUUCCAUUGAUGGUCCACGUGAGUCAAGCUGGAGAUGGCUUGGAGAUCUUCUACCCAUGGCCCUUCUGUUGGAGAUCUUCUCGCCUUGGCCCUUGUCUUGGAGAUCUUCUCGCCAUGGCCCUUGUGUUGAUGUUCUAGCCAUGGCCCUCUGUUGGAGAUAUUCUAGAAUUGGCCCUGGUGAUGAAGAUCUUCUCGUCUUGGCCCUUGUCUUGGAGAUCUUCUCGCCAUGGCCCUUGUGUUGAUAUUCUAGCCAUGGCCCUCUGUUGGAGAUGUUCUAGAAUUGGCCCUGGAGUUGGAGAUCUUCUCGCAUUGGCCCUGGUGAUGGGACGCAAGCCCUUGGCCCUGGUAAUUGAGAUCUUCUAGCCAUGGCCGCUGGUGUUGGAUCGCAAGUCCACCAACUCAAGUCUUCCAAUCUUCCGAUCUUCUGCCAAUGGACCACGACAAGAUUUCGAGCGAGGGGGGCCGGGCCGGGGGGGAGGGCGAAAUUGGAAACGGGUUCUGCCGACGAGAUUGGGUGAGAAGGUCCAGAAGGCCCCCAAGGCACUGUUCGACCAAGAGCAGAAGACUUGGAAGGUCUCCCGAGAGGACAAUCCCAUCUCCAGAGACACAAAUCUCUUGCCGCCAUCUCCGUUUCCACGCUCCCCCGCAGUUUUCCAAAGGUGGUUUUUUUCUCUCUCGAACGUUACAUAUGUUGUUUUCUAGUUUUUAAA